AUCAAAACCCACCACCUUUCUCUCUCUCUUUCUCUGUCAUCUCUCUCCUCUCUUGUGUCUCUGUAGAUCCCAAUGAGAGAAGAGAAAAGGGUGCAGUUGAUAGAUUCAUUUCUUCAAACUACCACCUCCUCUUUUCUCUCUCCUUUUUCUCCUCCUUGCUCAAGCCUCAAAGAAACCAAAGAUUCUUUCUUGCUUUUUUUCUUCAGAUUCUCUCUCUCUCUCUCUCUCUCUCUCUCUCUCUCUCUCUCUCUCUCUAUUGAAGGAUUUCUCACUUUGGUUUUUGGUUUUUUGGCCUUUUGGAUUUGGUUGCUUGUAGGUUUUAAUUUUAUGAGGUUUUGCAGGGGUUUUGGGGAGUUUAGCUGGUAGUAGAGGGUGUUGGGAUGUCUUAAAAAAGGUCAAUUUCUUUAACUUCCAGCAUCUUUUCUGGGUUUUAUUUCUAGAAAUUUCAUCUGGGUGUUGCUAGGUUUUUGUAUUUUUUUUUUUUGUUGGGUUGUUUUCAGAUCUGAUGACUGAUGGUUUAUAUCUGAGCAGCGAGAUCUGUUGAUUUUUUUUUCUCUGUUUUGAUUUUAUGGUGACUUUGGAAAGGUGGGUCUUUUUUAGAUUCUUCAGCUGAUGCUUAUAUAAAAAAGGUAUUCGGAUUCUCGAGAAGUGCUUCUUCUUGAUUUAGUACCCAUUUCUACUUUGUAAAACCCCAAGAUCUCUGCAUUUCUUUUCUGGGUUUUUUUUUCCUUUCUCUCUUUCUGUAGUUAUUCCAUCCGAAAUCUCAAACCGAUUCGUCCGAAUUAUAGAAUCAUACAAAUUUAGGAUCUUCGGGGAAAAAAAACAGUGAAUUGUGGGACUGUGAAAUAUAUGUUCUGAUUCUUUUGGGGAAAAUUCGUUACUUAAUUUCGAAAAGAUGAGGUGGGGAAUGGAAAUUCUAUCGCCUACUUCAUAUCUUUCUAAUUCAAGUUGGUUGCUUGAGGAGAGCAAAAGCGGAAACUGGACCCCUGAAGAGAACAAGAAGUUUGAGAAUGCUCUCGCGCUCCACGACAAGGACACCCCCGAUCGAUGGCAUAAUGUUGCUGCCAUGAUACCUGGAAAGACAGUUGAAGAUGUCAUCAGCCAUUACAGGGAUUUGGAGGAUGACAUUAGCGACAUAGAAGCCGGGCGGAUCCCCAUUCCGGGUUACAGCACCUCGUCUUUCACAGUUGAAUGGGUGAAUGAUCGCCGAUUCGAUGUGUUGAAACCUACAUAUGCUGUUGGUGGAAAGAGGACAGCAGGCAGGCCUGAUCAGGAAAGGAAGAAGGGAGUCCCGUGGACGGAAGAUGAGCACAGGCGGUUUCUGAUCGGUCUUAAAAAGUAUGGUAAAGGAGACUGGAGAAACAUUUCCCGCAAUCUCGUCAUCACAAGGACCCCGACUCAAGUGGCUAGCCACGCUCAGAAGUAUUUCAUAAGGCAGUGUUCAGGGGGCAAGGAUAAAAGAAGAUCAAGCAUUCACGACAUCACGACUGUCAAUCUCUCGGACAGCAGACCUCCUUCACCAUCUCAAUCUUCCACACUUUCCGUGCAGUCUAGUCCAGCCAAUGUGCCAAAAACAGCAGACCAGUUCUCGAUGUCAUUUGAUUCAAACCGUCGGAAUGAAGGAGCACCAUUUUUCAGCCCAACGACACCUCAAACACAUGGGAAUCCAUUCAUGCCACAUUCUUAUGGCAUGCCUUCAUAUGGGCUGAAAAUGCAAGCGCAGAAUUAUCAAAGAGGCACCCUCCACGAAUCUGUUGGACCCCAGAAUUCGGUAUUUCAGCUGCAAUCUUCACACCACCACCGUCAUGGAUAACACGAUGAUUUUUUUCUGCUUUUUUUUUUUCUUCCUUUAAAUUCAGGAUCACAUUGAAAUGUCGAAUGUAUUCCGUUCAGUUUGGUCACUGUCUAUGGAUUUGUCCUGGUUUUUAUGUGAAUAUUUUAAUGGGACUAGAGGUAUUUUGUAGUCUUUGGACUUCUUAAGAGGGUGGUAGAAUUGUAUUGUGCAUUCAAGUUCAAAUUCUUAAUUCUGAGAUUAGUUCUCAUUGAAUUGAAGUUUUUCGGUGAA